ACAGUGCCAGGCUCAGGAAAAGACGCAGCAGCAACCGUCCCCUGGACCAGGUGAGUGUCAAUCAAGAUGUUUUCUCCCAGGGGCUCUGGCCUCACCUGAGACUCUUUCUAGAGUCACUUUGAGCAUUUGGUACUUCUGGAAGAGGGUUUUCUUUGGAGCGGGGAUUCAUAUCUACAGGCAAAGCCCAUCUUAGAAAAAGAAGUGCCCCUCAGGAAGUUCUGGUAGGGAGGGCAGGCUCUGAGAUAAGAGCACUGAGGGCGAUGGUCAUGCCCUUUUGCCCUUUGGAGGCCCAGAGAGCUCCCUGUCCAUGUGAGCCUGGUGAUCAGCCCCUGAUUGGGUCAAGAACUACCGAGAUAACCCAGGUCAGGCCCCAAAUCAAAUGAGCGAGUCACUCGAUUUGACUGGAACACAUUCCAUGAUCACGUGAGUGGCCCCAAUGACUCACGGUUUAGAUGAAUUAACUUCAUGGCCUGAAGGCUAUCUUGGGGACCAUGGCACAGCCUCCAGCAAGAUGGCAGCCAUGCUGGCCUCCAUGCGCAGGCUCCUGCCAGAGCCCCGCCCUGGCAAGACGUCUCACUCUUGGGAGAGCCAGCUUAACCGUGGAAAGGAGCUGCGAGUGACUGCUCAGGGGCACAGGCUUCCCUUUGGGUCGAUGGCUGCAUGGCACUGUGAAUGGUAAGGCCAGGGAACUGCACACUUCAAAAUGAUUAAGAUGGCGAACACGGAGCGGUUUGAGAUGGAGACCCGAGGGGUUAACCACGUAGAGGGCGGCUGGCCCAAGGACGUGAAUCCCCUGGAGCUGGAGCAGACAAUCCGCUUCCGGAAAAAAGUAGAGAAGGACGAGAACUACAUUAAUGCUAUCAUGCAGCUUGGCUCGAUCAUGGAGCAUUGCAUCAAGCAGAACAAUGCCAUCGAUAUCUACCAGGAGUAUUUCGAUGACGAGGAAGAGGUGGAGGUGACCGAAGAGGCCCCUUCGGCUAAAACCAUUAAUGUCUUCAGGGACCCACAGGACAUCAAGCGGACGGCCACACACGUCUCCUGGCACCCCGAUGGCAACCGGAAGUUGGCAGUGGCCUAUUCUUGCCUGAAUUUUCAGCGGGCGCCUGCAGGCAUGAGCCACGAGUCAUACAUCUGGGAACUGGAAAACCCCAACAGGCCUGAAAUCGCCCUGAAGCCUCCUUCCCCGCUGGUCACCUUGGAGUACAACCCCAAAGAUUCCCACGUGCUCCUGGGCGGCUGCUACAAUGGCCAGAUAGCCUGCUGGGACACGCGGAAGGGCAGCCUGGUGGCAGAGCUGUCCACCAUCGAGUUCAGCCACCGCGACCCUGUGUAUGGCUCCAUCUGGCUGCAGUCGAAGACGGGCACUGAGUGCUUUUCAGCAUCCACGGAUGGACAGGUCAUGUGGUGGGACAUCCGCAAGAUCAGCGAGCCCACCGAGGUGGUGGUCAUGGACAUCAGCAGGAAGGAGCUCCUGGAAAACGCCCUGGGUGCCAUCUCCCUGGAGUUCGAGUCGACUUUGCCAACCAAGUUCAUGGUGGGCACUGAGCAGGGUAUAGUCAUCUCCUGCAACCGCAAGGCCAAGACCCCAGCGGAGAAGAUCGUGUGUACCUUCUCAGGCCACCAUGGCCCCAUCUACGCCCUCCAGAGAAACCCCUUCUACCCAAAGAACUUCCUGACCGUAGGGGACUGGACAGCCCGCAUCUGGUCAGAGGACAGCCGGGAGUCGUCCAUCAUGUGGACCAAGUACCACAUGGCUUACCUCACGGAUGGCGCCUGGAGCCCCAUCAGGCCGGCUGUGUUCUUCACCACCAAGAUGGACGGAACCCUGGACAUCUGGGACUUUGUGUUCAAGCAGUGUGACCCCGCCCUCAGCCUGAAGGUCUGUGACGAGGCCCUCUGCUGCCUCCGGGUGCAGGACACUGGAUGUCUCAUUGCCUGUGGCUCCCAGCUGGGGACCACCACCCUGCUAGAAGUCUCCAGCGGGCUCUCCACCCUCCAGAGGAACGAGAGGAACAUAGCUUCUUCCAUAUUUGAGCGGGAGACCCGGCGGGAGAAGAUCCUGGAGGCCAGGCACCGAGAGAUGCGACUGAAGGAGAAGGGCAAGGCAGAGGGCAAAGACGAGGACCAGCGGGAGGAGGAGCUGGUGGUGGACCUGGAGGGUCUGGUCGCCAAGGCCGAGGAGGAGUUCUUCAGCGUCAUCUUCCAGGAACUCAAGAAGAAGGAGGCGGAGGCCAUGGAGAAGAAGCCAAAGCAGCAGAGGAAAAGUUCCGACGUGUACGAUGUGGAGGAGAGAGAGGGCGGCUCGGAGGAAGAGGUGGAAGGAGAGGAAGUGCCGACCUAGGUCGGCCCCUGCCUUGCCCUCCUUGCCGCACUGCCCGGUCCUCCAAGUGAGAAGCUCCCUGGAAGUAUCAUUGGCGGGGACACACUGGGCCCCACCCCACCCUACAAGUCACCAGCCCGCACUGGAACUGAGUCCUGAGCAACGCCCACUGGGGAGGAAAGGAUCAGGGCUCCUCCCUGCACUGACACACCCCACUCAGCCACCUGAGCCCACCCAGGACCACCUUAGACUGUGCACCACCUUCAGGUCUGGCCCUGGAAGCUUCUCUCAGGUUGCCCCCAAUUUGUCUUCUUUUGACAACUGCAAGUGCUGGGCCUCCUCCCUUUCCACCCUCCUUAGUCUGCAGCAAACUGGGGAGACAAGAUCUGUCUUUCCCAGCAGCUCCCCAGGCAUGGCCACACCCCAGCCAGCCACCCCAGAGGCCCCGAGGGACAGUCACGGGCUUCUGUUUUCUGAAUUCUUGUAAAAUUAAACUAAUAAUAACAGG